AUGGAGAAACAGAUUUUUUUUCGAAAAUGGACUGAAUAUAAAAACGGCUUUGGUGAUCUAAACAAUGAGUUCUGGCUCGGUAAUGAUCAUUUGAGUCUACUGACAUCAGAUGGAGAACACGAACUUCGAAUAGAGAUUGAAGAUUUUGAGGGAAACAGUGCAUAUGCUAAGUACAGUAAGUUCAAGAUAUAUCCGGAAGAAAACAAUUACAAACUGGAGGUGAGUGGAUACAGUGGAACUGCUCGAGAUUCUCUUAAAUAUCAUAAUGGAAUAAUGUUCUCAACGUAUGAUAGAGAUCAGGAUACAUGGUCGACGGUCAAUUGUGCAAUGAUUCUUCAUGGUGCGUGGUGGUAUAAUAGUUGCAACUAUUCCAAUCUCAAUGGACGGUAUUAUAACCAGCCUGGCAAAAUAGAUAGUACUGGAAUUACCUGGCAUCAUUGGAAGAAAAAAGAAUACAGUUUGAAAAAAGUAGAAAUGAAAUUCCGUUAA